AUGGUCGCGACUCAUGAGUUGCGUAUACUCAGACUACGCAGUACGGAUAGCUACAGUGAGGAGUGUAAGAGAGAGUGGGAUACUCUCAUAGUGAGUGACGUGCUGCGAUAUAACAUCGAGCGUUUCGUGAUAGAAAGUUUCCACUCGCGCUGGCAUGGGAACACUGGGGAAUAUUCAGGACGAGAUCGUAAGUGUCAAGGAACUGAACCGUCGCUGGAGUUUGAACAGAUGCGACGACGUGUGGCUAGUGACGUGGCCUACACUUGGCAGUAUAUUCGCUACCAUCUAACUCAUGGAAACAGUAGUGGUGUUAGUCUCGAGGUCGUCCUUGAGGAUCUGGAUCACCACUUCAGAGUGACCUCCCACGACCUCACGCAACUUAGCAAGGUAGACGGGCUUCAGGAAUGGCGGAAGAAGGAGUCCGCCGCCCUCAGCGCCCUCGUCCAGCACCGGUUGCGCGUCCUGCAGAAUCCCAGCGACUGCGCCUCCGCCAAGAAGAUCUACUGCGACUUCAAAGCUGGGGGCCGAGGAAUUGGGAGCCAUCUGCACCACCUGAGCUGCUGUUUCCUGGCAUCGUAUGGCACUCAGCGGACCUUGAUCCUGAACACGGAUAAUUAUAACGGCAAUCCCAGAGGACUCACGGCACUGUUCCUCCCCCUUAGCGACACAUGCACGAGCUACAACAGGUCUCAGAUGGUUCCUUGGCCAGGGAAGGAGGACUCUCUGUUGGUGAAAUUUCCUGACUGGGACCAACCUCAUCCCAGGCCAAGUUACCUUCCGAGGUCCAUCCCGAAGGACUUCUCCGAGCGGCUGAUGCGACUCCACGGUGACCCUUUCGCCUGGUGGUUGGGGCAGUUCUUCAAUUAUACCAUGCGAAUGAACGAAGAGUUUCGGGAAUACAUGGCAAAUCUGACGAAGGAAAUCGAGUACGAGUCGCCCAUUGUAGGAAUACACAUACGAAGGACGGAUAAGCUUAGUAGGGAGGCAAGGUACAUACACCUGGAGAAGUACAUGGAAAGAGUGAAGCUUUUCUACCAAGAGCUCGCCCUCACACAACAGCUUACUGAACGGAGAGUUUUCUUGGCAACUGACGAUUCGAGGGUUAUUGGAGAAUUUAAAGAAAAAUACCCGGAAUACAAGCUUGUGUACAACCGGGCAAGCAUAAAUUCAGCCCGUUUGAGCGAGAGAAGAAAGGGACCAAACCUGGGCUUCUUCAUGGCCGAUGUCUUCUUCCUCUCCCACUCGGACUACCUUGUUUGUGGGAUGACUUCAAACGUGUGCAGACUGGCCUACGAGCUCAUGCAGAGCAUCCACCCCGACGCCUCCACCCGCGCCUGGUCCGUCGACAGCCCCUUGUACUUCGACUUCCAGAGCCCUCACUUCGUGCGGGCGAGGUUCAGCCACACGCCCAGGAGGAACGAAGAAAUGGAACUGCAAGAAGGAGACAUGAUCAAAACUUGGGCAUUGCAUUUCUCCAAACAUCACAAUCCUAAAGACGGCUUCUUGUACGGCACCAACAACCGCACACAAAAGGCUGGUCUUUAUCCUGCGUACAAGACAAUCGAUAUUCUAGACAAGGCUGAUAUACAAUCGUUUGAACGUAUUGAUGAAAAGAACGCGAGGAGAUGAUUGUCGAGGUAAUUUUCGUUUGUAUGUCCCCUCUGUUGUGAAUUAUUUAUUGAUGUUGGUGUUAGAUAUAUUGUGAUAAUUGGAACACAGUAUUAGGUGUAAGGCAAAAGUGAUAGAGCUUUCUCUCUCUUUCUAUGGUGACCCUGAAGAAAUGAUUGCAAAUGUUGGCCAAGUUUCCUGUGUAUAGAUAAAUAGAAAUAGACAAAUAAAUAAAUAAAUAAACAAAUAAAUAAAUA